AUGGCAACUGGCUCCAUGGUGCUUGGACUGGUGGUGGCUCCCAUGGGAUGGGUCUUGCUGCUGGCAGCCACGGUGACCCCGCAGUGGAGAGAAUUCUCCAGGCGGCCCGGCUUCCCGCGGGACGUUUCCUUCAGUGACGGUCUGUGGGAAAGCUGCGUGGAGGUGAUCAGUGUGCCGGGCAGGGCGUGCCAAGCCAUCCCCCAGGAGACUGCCAUCUCCUGGCCCAUGCAGAUGCUGAGAGCACUCACUGUCAUCUCAGUGCUUACAGGGGUCCUAAGCUACUCUCUAGGCCAUGUGGGGGUUCGCUGGUGGACAGACUCGCCCAACCCCAAGCUUACGGGAACUGCUGGACUCCUGCUGGUUCUCUCCGGAGCCAUGUAUCUAUGUGCCACAUCCUACAUGGCUUACAAAGUCCUAGAGAACAUGGCCAACCCCCAGACCCCUGCGGGGGACAAGUUCCGGCUUGGGACCUGUCUCUACCUUGGCUGGAGUGGCGGAGUGGCUGAGAUCUUGGCUGGGAUCUGCCUGGCCAUCAAUUUCCAAAGGAAGGAGGAAAGCAGCGCAGGGAAUGUGGCUGCUCCUUACGAGGUGGAUUACUGAGGAGGGACUCCCAGGCUAGCGCUGGGAGAGGAAACUGAGGGAGUUGGGCACUGGUCUCUGGGGGAUUACAACUGUCUUUUCCUUGUGCACUGAGUCCACGUGGGUCGCCUGCUGUAGCUGCUUGAGCAUGACUGUGCCUUUACCUUGCUGCGCUAGGGUCAAGCUGCACAUCUUCAACCCCGCAGGACUGGCAUUGCUGGUAACAGGGAUAUACGGGCUGGCCAGGCAGGGAAAAUCACGCU